GAUGUCCACGUCGGCAACGGUACGAGACAAAAAGGUUCCCUUCGUCGAGAAGAAAGAGAGAAAGAGAUUGCACAGCCCCCAGUCCUCAUCCCCGAUUCCUCUCCCUCUCCCUCGUCUGCCGCCGCCAGCCCCACCGCUGCCCUCCCCGCAGCCGCCGCCGCCACCACCGGCGCCCAGGUGUGGCGCUGCUCUUCCCCACGGUCCUGACGGCAAGGCGGCGACAAGAGUUAGAAGGCGGACGCGGACGGCCCUGUCAGAUCUCGUCCCGAUGAAGUCAAGGACGAGCUCCACCCGGACGAGGUCGAUCCGUCCCCUGCCACACUUCUCCAUCGCGUCACCAUAUUCGGAGGAGCCGCCACUGCUGCUGGCGCAUCUGCUCCUCCCGGAGUUGUCGCCAUCGGCAGGAGGAGUGCCGGACCGCGCGCCAACUCGAGGACCGCCGCUCCGGCGGACCGUUGUUUCUGGCCGCCGUCCGCCUCUGGUGCCCCGUCCAUUCGCCACCAGUCACGCACCAGGUAGGAACUCAAGCUCCCUGCCUCUACAUGUUCCCAGGUACGGCAGAUCUUCAUCCCCUUUUUUUUCUAAUCUAUAUAUCAGAUAUGGUGGUGUGUGGCAUUUUUAGCUUGGCAGCUGUAGAUGGGAUCAUUUCAAAAGAUUCUUGGACACCCCUUUUAGUUGUCAUCCCUGGAUUAACCAGUGAUUCUGAUGCUGCUUAUGCAGAACACUUGGUUCAUUCCAUGGCAAGAAAAUGGUGGAAUGUUGUUAUAAAAGGUCGCCUCCCUGCUUGUCACCGCGCCAUGCCGCCUCACCCCGGAUAGUGGCCAUUGCUCCGACCGCGGCGCCUUCCAGCCGAGAAUGCCAUCUCCACCCGACCAGGUAACUCAGCCGACUGGCCUUUUCACGAUUUAAAACAAAAUGGUGUGCUGAAGAGAGACACCUUACUUUGGAUAGACAUUAAAAUGGAAUCUGCUUGGACUAUGUUUUCCCAUACAGGUUUGAUUCGUAUAUACAUCUCAAGUUGGCUAUAUCUGGAUGGGUUGCAGUUUGCUUCUUUCAAAAAGACGAGGUGUUCUGGAAUGAUUUGCUUAUCUGCUUUAUGCAUGAUCAUCCAUUUUAUAGAUUAUAUAGGGUGUUGGUAUCUUUCUGUACACUGGCAUGAUCUCUAAAACAAGUCUCAUGCCAUAGAUAGGAUUGUCAUCAUGUAUGUUAUUUAGUUAUAUAGAAAAACAAAUCACAUAACUGCACAACACAGAACAGUACUGCUUCUGAACUGAUGUUGCCAUUGAUAAGGUUACUAAUGUUAGUUGGUGUCGGCUCUAGGGUGUAUAGUUUACACUCUAUGAAUCAUGUCAAGGUUCUGUAGAAAUCGGUUAUGUGUUUCAACAUUUUACAAUGUUAGUCGUUUAUCUAUUAUGUUCUACUCCCUCCGUUCCUAAAUAUAAGUCCAUUUAGAGAUUUCAAUAUGGACUAUAUACGGAGCAAAAUGGAUGAAUCUACACUCUAAAGUAAGUCUAUAUACAUCCGUAUGUAGUGUGUAUUGAAAUCUCUAAAAAGACCUAUAUUUAGAAACGGAGGGAGGAAUUUGUAUCUGUGGGUUUCUCAAAAUAAUUGUAUGUACUGGGAGAGGAGGUUUCCACGACUAUUGAUCAUUGAUCAGUUAGAACUUCUGCUGAAGAAAGGUGCCCUUUGGUUAACAUUUCUGAUAUAUGUAACAUACGAUGUUGGAAUUUUCAUUGAAAUUUUUAAGGAAAGUACAUCAAUAGAAUGGCCUUUCUUCCGGUGGCCACCCCCUCCCGCCUUUCUGUUGCGUAUAUUCAUUUUGGAUAUUGACCAUGGUUGCAUAAAUUUAAGUUGCUUGUGAUCUUCUGUCUAUUUCCUGUUAAUUAUAAAUAAUCAGAACCAUCUCUGGUCAGUACACCAUAGCACAAUACCACACGGAUGCUUGGUAGUGCUUUUCAUAAAUUGGUAGUUUUUGCUUUGGUGGAGAGCUUUUGACGAAUUACUGGGUAUGCAAAUCUUGGUUUGAUCCGUCUACUAAUUUAUACUCUAAUGACAUGGAAGUCGAUGGCGUGAAAUGCCUAGCUGUUGACAUCCCCCCUCAGAGUUUUCUAGAGAGGUGAGCAAUUUAUAAUAACAAAAACAUAAACUAUUUUUGUUGCAGUUCUAGUUUGUUGUAAUGAGAUGGCUCUUGUUCUCAAACUCUGUUACAAGAUUCCCCUUGCAUAAAUUUUUGAAGGAAGAGUGAAUUUCGUCAUGAACUUGACUGAACCAAACUUCUGAUCAUGUCAUUCCACUCCUUUCAUUAUGCUAUUUGAAGGUUUUGUGUCGAGUCAUUGACAUGUAAUGUUUUAGACAUAAUGGAUGAAAUCAUGUUAAUUCUAGCUCUGGUUCUUAUGUAGUGAUGCAUGUCGCUCACCUUUACGUUUUCCAUUAUUUUGCAGAGAAUGUGUACAUGCAAAUUUUAUUCAUAGUGAACCUACGUGGUAGUUUUUGUUCUGAAUAUAUGCGUUCUACUCUGCUUGCAUCAGGCCAGUUCAUGCUUCCGAAUUUGUGGUUUUGAUCAGUGGCAAGCAUGCACAUAGCUGCAGCAGAAUUCAUUAGAUUAGACACGGUUACCAGUUUGUGGAUAGGUUGUAAUAUCUUUUAUCUUAUCAAUAUAUUUGAUGUUCGUUCGUGUAACCUUUGGUUUCUAUAUAUUGAUUCAGUGUUGUACCCAUGCUGACAAUUCACGUACCAUUUCUGGCUAAAAAGGAAGGGAAACAAGCUUGCCAUUAAUUAAUGUAGUAAUUUGACUAGGUAAUGGUUUGUGGAAGGGAUUAAGAUGUGCAGACAACGUGGCUGCUCAGAGUAACUGUCCCAGGGCGGUUGACAACCAGGCAGCAGCGCAGAGAAAUUGUCUCAGGAUAGCAUGUUUGAGUGAUGACCAACUAAGGAGAGGUUGUUGAUGAGAUCAAUGACACCAGAGGGGUGGACAGGCAGCUGCAAAGCAUCCGAGGAGCAGCCGGUGAACAAGAGGAGCAAAGACAACAUCUCUUGCGUCACUAUAAACAUCUGCUGCUAGCAGAGCUUCAGCCGGUGAACAGGAGGAGCUUCAGCUCCGUCGUUGUAAACUUCAAAUGUUGGCCGAGCUUCAACCUCUAGCCUGUCAAGUGUACAAUUGGUUCAAUAGCUCUAGUUGGAUGGCAUUUUUCUUUCUCCCUUAUCCAAGCUAUUUUCGUCCAUCCGAACAUAUGGGGAGGAAAUAGGAGUCGCGGUAAUUGACGUCUGAGCUCAUGCUCAUCUACCCGUUGAAACUAAAUUUAAAAAUAUUUAAAAGAUAAAAACGUGUAUUUUUUGACAUUAAAGAUGCCCAGUUGUGCAAAAAUUUAUGAUGUUUGGACAUUUAAGGACCUGCAAAAAAAACCAAAUCAGGUCUAAAUAGUGCUCAUUUUCUAAGUUUUUUUCACGGUCAAUUUUUUUUUUGUCACGACAUCCUAGAAUGUCCAAACACCACGAAUGUUGCCAACCACAUCACACGCUAGAGCAUCUUUAGAUGCCAAAAAAAAAUCAAUUUUCUUUUUUGCAAAUUUAUUUGAUUUUACUGUUCGCCACACUUGUCGAACCGGAGAUGCUCUUAGAUUUAGUUGGGGUGAGAGGAGAUGAGGCCAAUUUCAACAAGCGGAUGCAGAUUUGAUUUUGGGUUUUUCAGUCGGCUUAGAAUCCAAAUCGGACGGGCGUUUGGAGUUGGCCUUACGGUGUGACCUCAGCCGUCUGAUCUUGACGCUCGUGCUCCCCUCCGCAUCCGACAGCGGACUCACCGCCGUCGUCCGCUGCCUUCCUUCCCGGCGUCCAACGCCUCCACCAGUCCCCUCGCCGAAUCAACGAGCGGUCGCCGCCUCCCGAGUCCGGGCGGGUCGCCGCACCGCGCUGACGACGCCACCACCGGCCGCCACCUACCCACCGUCGCCGCGCCUCCCCCGGGGUUCCUUCUUUUCGGGCCCGCAGCCGCAGCUCGUCGGAUUCGCUCUGCAGUUCAAUUAGCGGGGCUAGCCCUCGCUGCUGCGGCGGCGGCUCCCUAUGGGGAGCUUCGCCGUCAUCUCCCAGCAUCCGGUAAGUCCAGUCCUCCAGCAGAUUCCCAAUCCGCCACGCUGAAGUGAAAUGGCUGAGAUUUGGCUGUCCGUCCGAAAUCCCUGUGCUGCCAUGUUUCCCAUUCAGUCAACCAAGCAUUUUCAAUCAUCGAGCAUGAUAGCACAACGCUGACUGAAAAAUUGCAAUGCAGCAUCAUUCUUUUCUGAAGAGGAAGAAGGGAUGCACGAGCGAGCCGUUUGGAUUUGGGUGGACGAACAUGACGUUCGUUUGAAGGGAUCUCACCGCUCCCUUGUGCUGUUUGCAGUCCUCUGCACCUACCACAGUUCCACCGGUCGCAGUCUGCAGCAGUCCACACGCGUUCUCAUUCAGAGGUCUUUGUUUCCCUUACACACACGUUCACAUUGACCUGCCGUGUCCAGUCAAGCAUGCCUUGGCGUCCAUGUCUGGUACACAAAUCCUUCAAAGGUCAUCUUCACCCAAGAUCAUCCAACCUCAAACCUUAGCACUCCCUGUUGUUCUUUCACAUCGACAUCAUGCCUUCAGUCUUGCGUAUGCUCUGUAUUUUGCUCAGCCUUCUCUGUUUCAACACCUCAAUACUAGCUGCAGCACAAGCAAACAUGUCUGAGAUCGAUCGCCAUGCCCUCCUUUGCUUCAAGUCAGGCAUCAACUCUGAUCCCCUUGGCAUCCUACACUCAUGGGGCAAUGGCUCGCUUGACUUUUGCAGCUGGAAAGGGGUCGCCUGCGGCACCAAGUUUCCACCCCGGGUGGUCUCUCUUAACCUCACCGCUGCUCGUCUCGGUGGGCAGUUAUCUGGAUGCGUGGGCAACCUGACAUUUCUUUCUCGGAUGAACCUUGCUGAUAAUCAUCUGUCAGGAACCAUCCCCGAAGAGUUGGGUAAGCUUCCAAACCUUCAUACACUGAUUCUUGCAGGCAGCAAUCUGGAAGGUAACAUCCCUGAUUCACUAGGCGCUAGCAGUUUUCUUAGCUAUGUCGACCUUGCAAACAACACACUUACUGGCAAAAUCCCUCUCUCAUUAGCCAGUAGCUCCUCACUCAGCAAACUUAUACUGUCACGUAAUAGCCUCUCAGGAGAGAUCCCUUCUACUUUGUUUGGUAAUUCAUCCAAGCUUACCGUCGUUGAUCUCCAGAUGAAUUUUUUCACUGGUCCCAUCCCACAUUUCCAUAAGGUCACAACACUCAAAUUUCUUCGUCUGACAGACAACUUCCUCUCUGGGAGCAUACCUCCUUCAAUAGGAAAUGUUUCUUCCCUCACUUCUAUAUUGCUCGGCCGAAAUAGGUUAUCGGGAUUAAUUCCAGAGACUUUGAGUCACAUUACAAAACUGCUUGAGCUUGAUCUAAGUUUCAACAGCUUAUCAGGGAGCGUCCCGUUGUCUUUUUACAACAUGACAUCACUUGAAUUCUUUAAUGUGUGCAGCAAUGCCCUUGUUGGACAGAUGCCAUCUCACAUUGGUUUCUCACUACCAAACCUCCAGUUCCUUAUCAUGGGAAGCAACAGGUUGGAGGGCCUGAUCCCUGCUUCACUAUCCAACAUGUUAAAUCUCCAAACACUUGAUCUUUCAAACAACUCGUUACAUGGCUCUGUGCCAUCUCUUGGUUCUUUGGCAAACUUGGGUCGGUUGGAUUUAGGAAUGAACUUUCUAGAAGCACAUAACUGGUCAUUUCUUACAUCUCUAGCAAAUUGCACCCAGCUGACAAAGUUGUCCUUGGAAGGGAAUGUUCUAAAUGGCAGCCUACCUAUAUCAAUUAUUAAUCUUUCCAGGAGACUAGAACAUUUAUCGCUUGGGUCAAACCAAAUUUCGGGCUCCAUACCUGUUGAGAUUAGCAAUCUUGUUAAUCUCACUUUGCUUGGGAUGGAAAGCAAUUUUCUUUCUGGAAGCAUACCUUCUACCAUUGGCAAGCUACGAAACCUAUAUGUCCUAAAUCUGUCAAAGAACAAAUUAUCAGGUCAGAUCCCCCCCUCAAUUGGUGACAUUACUCAACUGGGCAAGCUUUAUCUUGAUGAUAACAACUUGAGUGGAAACAUACCUGGUAGUUUAGGUCAGUGCCCGGGGCUUCUUGAACUAAACUUGUCUCGAAAUAGCCUUGAUGGCUCAGUACCAUCCGAAUUGUUUGCUAGUCCUCCACUCUCCUUGGGUCUGGACUUCUCACACAACAGUCUCACAGGGGAACUACCAUUGGUAGUUGGUACACAUAGCAGUGGUGGUCCAGUAUCCCUUCACAUGGAAGGAAACAAGUUUCAUGGACAGAUUCCAGAAAGAUGGCAUCUACUAGUAUCAACCCAACAUAUUAAUCUUUCUCAUAAUGACUUAUCUGGUGCCGUGCCUGAAUUCUUUGAGCGAUUUGAUAUGCUGAAGCAACUUGAUCUGUCUUACAAUAACUUGGAAGGGUCUGUUCCUACUAGUGGGAUCUUUAAGAAAUAUGCUGCAGUAGUUCUGGGUGGCAACAAGGGACUCUGUUUAAAUUCCUCCAAGUUGAUAAAAAUAAGAAAUUCCUUUAGGCCAGCAUUACCAGUUUGUCCUCGCAUCUCAGCUUCAGUGACUAAAUCAAAACACCAUCUGUCAUUGCUGACGACCUCGCUGCUAAUUGUACUACCAACACUUAGUAUUGGUUCCAUGGUGUUGUUAUGGUUUCUGCUCACUCUUUGGAAGAAAGGGUUGUUUUCGUUUUCACGAUGGGAUCUUGUGUCCAAGGUGUUUCCUAAUAGAAGAGAAGUGCAUACAGCCCCGUGCCAUGAUGAUAAGAAGCUGAAGAGAGUGUCAUACCAGGACAUUCUUAAAGCUACCAACUGGUUUUCUUCGGUCCAUACUAUCAGCACAACCUGUACUGGUUCAGUUUAUGUUGGUAGGUUCAAGUCCGACAGGAGCCUAGUUGCCAUCAAAGUAUUCAACUUGAGUGAACCUGGUGGAUAUGAUAGUUACCUCAUUGAGUGUGAAGUGCUACGAAGCACCCGCCAUAGAAAUAUAAUGCGACCUGUGACCCUAUGCUCAACAUUGGAUUCACAAAACCAUGAGUUCAAAGCACUAAUCUUCGAGUUCAUGGUUAAUGGCAGCCUAGAGAAAUGGUUGCAUUCUGACCAACACAAUGGAAUCACAGAUAAAGGGCUAAGCUUUGGCCAGAGGAUAUGCAUAGCAGCAGAUGUGGCUUCUGCUCUUGAUUAUGCCCACAACGAACUGACACCUCCUCUGAUCCAUUGUGAUUUGAAGCCAAACAAUGUCCUUUUGGAUGAUGACAUGACUGCGCGGCUCAGUGACUUUGGCUCAGCGAAGUUUCUAUCACCAGGUCUGCUAAUUCCUAAAAGCCUGGAUGAUGUUGGAGGGACAAUUGGAUACCUGGCACCUGAGUAUGGAAUGGGUUGCGAGAUCUCUGUAGACGGCGAUGUGUAUAGUUUUGGAGUGCUUCUACUGGAAUUGCUUACUGGAAAACGACCUACUGAUGAUAUGUUUGUCGAUGGACUUAGCCUUUGUAAGUUCUGUGAAUCUAUGUUACCCGACAGAGUUGCAGAGAUUCUUGAUCCUCAUAUGGCGCAUGAGGAGCAUCAAGGGUGCGCAGAAGGAUGGAUUCAGAGAUAUAUUGUCCCCUUGGUUGCCCUUGGGCUGUCAUGUACCGUGGAAUCUCCAAAGGAUAGGCCCGGAAUGAAAGACGUUUGUGCAAAACUUUCUGACAUUAGAGCCUCUUUUCUUUAACUGUCAUGAUGAUUAAUGAAUAUAUCAAUUAUGUUAGAGCAUACUGAUUCAUUGUAUUAAGAAUGUGUUUUUUUACUGGUACAGUGCAUAUUGUACCCAAUCUAUUUGGCAAUCUGAAACAAACUGUGGAGACAGAGAUGUGAUUUGCAGUUAGUCAUAGUAGGAUAUUGGAAAUAUCAACCAUUCUUUGUUCCA